AGGGUUUCCGCUUCCGCCUUCUCCCUCCUCCCGCUUGUCCUCCGAGCGCCGUCGCUAGCAGAGCGGCCGCUGCCGGGCGCGGUGUCGGGGGUGGGGUCGGUCGGUUGGUGUCUGUGCCGUUGAACUGCUCGUCAUGGCUGAGGUGGAUCCGUUCGGCGCCCCGGCCGGUGCCCCCGGCGGCCCCGCGCUGGGGAACGGGGUGGCCGGCGCGGGGGAAGAGGACCCGGCCGCGGCCUUCCUGGCGCAGCAGGAGAGCGAGAUCGCGGGCAUCGAGAACGACGAGGCCUUCGCCAUCCUGGACGGCGGCGCCCCGGGGCCGCAGCCGCACGGCGAGCCGCCGGGGGGACCCGAUGCUGUUGAUGGAGUGAUGAAUGGCGAAUACUACCAGGAGAGUAAUGGUCCAACAGACAGUUACGCAGCUAUUUCACAAGUGGAUCGAUUGCAAUCAGAGCCUGAAAGUAUCCGUAAAUGGAGAGAAGAGCAGACGGAACGCUUGGAGGCCCUUGAUGCAAACUCUCGGAAACAAGAAGCAGAGUGGAAAGAAAAAGCGGUAAAAGAGCUAGAAGAGUGGUAUGCAAGGCAGGAUGAGCAGCUACAGAAAACAAAAGCUAACAACAGGGUGGCAGAUGAAGCUUUCUACAAACAACCCUUCGCUGACGUGAUUGGUUAUGUCACAAACAUAAACCAUCCUUGCUACAGCCUAGAACAGGCAGCAGAAGAAGCCUUUGUAAACGACAUUGAUGAGUCGUCCCCAGGCACUGAGUGGGAACGGGUGGCCCGGCUGUGUGACUUUAACCCCAAGUCCAGCAAGCAGGCCAAAGACGUCUCCCGCAUGCGCUCUGUCCUCAUCUCCCUCAAGCAGGCCCCCCUGGUGCACUGAAGAGCCCGUGGAAACACUACACCCGCAGUAUCUUAAUCCUACUCAGUGAGGCUCUUCACGGUAAUCGGAUUGAUUAUGUUGAGUUCUUUUGGACCAAACCUUCUGUCUUUAGAGUUGAUCAUUGUUUGUGAUUGCAUGUUUCCUUCAACUGUGUUCUCCCCGGCAUUCAGAGAGGAGGGGAGGCAGCGGAGGGAGGGAGGGAAGCCUCCCAGCGGUGGCCUCAACCUGUGCUUUUUGUGCAUUAUUCUGAGAAUAAAUUUCUGUUUCAAGCAAUAA